UAGCAUCAUCGACUUUAGUAUCGAGUCGCGGAAAGACUUCUGAGAAACACAGCUUCCAAUAUGGAACCACAGCUGACCGAGGAGAAUGGCGUCAGGAUAGCCGUUGAAGGAUGUGGUCAUGGCACACUUCACGCAAUCUACGCGUCAAUCGAAAGAGCAUGUGCCGUAAAAGGCUGGCCAGGAAUUGACUUGCUCAUCAUUGGAGGCGACUUUCAGUCCGUGAGAAAUGCACACGAUCUAUUAUGUGUCUCAAUGCCAGCAAAAUACCGCGCUAUGCAUGAUUUUCACGAAUACUACUCUGGCACCCGUAAAGCACCUUACCUUACCAUCUUCGUCGGCGGGAACCACGAAGCAGCAAACUAUCUCUUCGAACUCUACUAUGGCGGCUGGGUGGCCCCUAACAUCUACUACAUGGGCGCCGCAAACGUUCUUCGCCUCGGUCCCUUGAGGAUAUCAGGUCUAAGCGGCAUCUGGAAAGGUUUCGAUUACAAGAAACAGCAUUUUGAACGUCUUCCUUAUAAUGAGGGGGAGGUGAAGAGUAUUUACCAUGUCAGGGAACUGGAUGUGAGAAAGCUUCUACAGGUGAGGACGCAGGUAGAUGUGGGCAUCUCUCAUGAUUGGCCGAGAGGUGUGGAGUGGAAGGGUGAUUGGAAGAAGUUGUUCAGGCAGAAGCAACAUCUGGAGGAAGAUGCCAGGAAUGGGCAGUUGGGAAGUGUGGCGGCUACUUAUGUCAUGGAUAGACUGAGGCCGCCGUAUUGGUUCAGUGCUCAUCUGCACUGCAAGUAUGCUGCGGUGAUCGACCAUGAGAAGUCAGGGGAAGCCAUUGGUACAGCAGCUGCAGUCGCGGCAAGCAAUGGAGCUCAGAUGGAGAAAUUGCCGAAGAAGAACUCGGACGAGAUUGAUCUGGACAUGGACGACGAAGAGCCUUCAGUUCCGGCACAAGCCACGAAGAAUACCGACGAGAUAGAUCUCGACAUGGACGACGAUGAGCCAACACUAGCAGCAAAAGCCAGCAAAACCAGCACAACUCUACCUGUCAAUGCAGACGAAAUCGACCUCGAGCUCGAAGACGAUGCAGACCCCAAAACUUUAGCGAUAGCUCCAGGACAGGGCCUCGAUGGUGCCAGAGUACCGAUUGAUCCUCCAGCCCAAUCCGCAGUCCCAGAAGAUCUCCGCGUCCAACUCCCCGCCUCCUUCGCUAAACAGCCUCCUCGUCCCCAAACCACAAAUCAACCAAUAUCUCAUCCUCCAGGAAUCACGAAUACGAAAACUAACUUCCUAGCCCUGGACAAGUGUCUUCCAAACAGGGAUUUCCUGCAGGUGCUGUCUAUGCCAGCAUUCUCGGACCCAGAUGCAGCUUUCGACCGUCCUAUGCGUCUAGAGUAUGACCCAGAGUGGCUAGCCAUCACCAGAGUCUUUGCUGCCGAGUUAACAGUCGGUGGCGACCCCAACGCCCAUGCUCCGAUUGAUAAGGGAGAAUCCCACUAUGCUCCUCUCAUCGACACUCAACAAACCUGGAUCUUCGAAAACGUCAAAGACCUCACAAUCCCAGAAAACUUUGGAAUUACAGCACCAGUCUUUGAUGCCAGCCAAGGAAUCCACGUUCAGGGCAGUCCGAAAGAGUAUACGAAUAACCAGACGAGCAACUUCUGUGAGAUGCUAGAGAUCCCCAAUCCAUUCGAUAUCCCGGAAGAGGAGAGGGGAGAGAGAAUGAGGAAGGGGCCUCGGCCUGAGGAACAGAGAAGAGAUGGAGGGUUUAGGGGAGGCAGAGGAGGAGGUAGAGGGGGUGGAAGGGGAAGAGGUGGCGGUCGUGGUGGAGGAGGGCGUGGAAGGGGGAGGGGUAGUGGUGGACCUAGAUACUAAGUAACAGAGUAUGGCUAUUUCCCCAGUACGACUUGGUCCUCGAGCAUGGGGAAAUCCCUGCUCAACUACCAUGUGCUUUCAAAUGAAGCAGAGACCGAAGUUGCCUCUUUAUGCCCUUCCACCAUUCCGGUUGUUUCACAUUAACAAAGACUUUGAC